AGAAUUGUAGGCGGCGUUGAAGCUAAAAAACAUUCUAUUCCAUGGCAAGUCAUGGUAUCUAAAGGAAAUAGCCUUUGUGGUGGUAGCCUAUUAAAUAAAUUCUGGGUAGUUACUGCUGCACAUUGCCUGCCAUCAUCAACAUCCAGUGCUAACACUGUUACUGUCAGAUUAGGUAAACAUAAGCUUAUCAGUGAACCUAAUCAACAAGAUAUAGUGGCGGCGGCUAUCUAUAUCCAUCCUCAAUAUUCAACCUCAAGUAAAGACAUCGGAUUGAUUAAAUUAUCACGAGCAGCUACUCUAUCUGAUCAGGUUACCUCAAUAUGUCUGCCGAAAUCUACCGAUAAUUUUCCACCAAAUGAAAACUGUGUUGCGUCUGGUUGGGGUAGCAUGGCUUUUGGUGGGAAUUUGCCUACUGCAUUGCAAAAAGUUGUCGUCCCUAUUGUUAGCAAUCCCAUUUGUAAUCGACCAGAAUCUUAUAAUGGUGGUGUUGCUAGUCACAUGUUAUGUGCAGGUUUCGGUAAUGGCGGUAAAGAUGCAUGCCAAGGUGACAGUGGCGGACCUUUAUUCUGUAAAACACCUAAUGGACUUCAUAACCAAUGGUCAUUAGUUGGUCUUGUCAGCUGGGGCGAUGGAUGCGCUAAGCCAAAUAAAUAUGGCGUUUAUACAAGAGUUACCGAUUUUGUCGAUUGGAUUGGACAAACUAUCGCAGCAAAUUAA